AUAUAUAUAUAUAUAUAUAUAUAUAUCAUUGUACCAAGUUCCAACCUGUAAUUUUAUUGUAGCCUAAUCACAUUUCAUCAACAAGAGGCUUUAAGUUUACUACUUUUUUUUUUCACUUUUUUUUUUUUGUCUUUGACUUUAUGAUUUCUUCAUACACAAUAUUCAGCAAGGGAGUAAUUUGCAAGUAGCUAGCCCAAUGAAUUUAGACUGCCAUUGAAUAAUGCAUGACUACAUUCAGUUUCCUGUUUUUAACUCUCCCCUCAGUCUUUCUAUAAAACCCUACAUGUUAUUGAUGCCUAGUAAGUACCUCAGAAGCUCCUACCUUUCCCUACAAUAAAAAUACAUCAUUUGAUUUCCUCAUUAUUCAGUUAUGGCCAUGAAGUUGAUGAACAUUUUCUUUACUCUCCUAGCAGCAAUGGCCGUUGCUGCAGCUGCAAAUAUAGACACUGAUUAUAUCGAAGACGGGGAAAUGCAAAGGAGUACUACUGAAGCAGCAUUGCCUGAAAUACCAGAUGAAGCAAAAGCAACUACUUCUUUAAGAGGAGUGAGCCGUUUUCUUGCUCAAAAGAAUCUACUCGCGAAUGCGAGUUGCGACAGGUUUCCCCUGGUUUGUCAUCUGAGGAACAGUCUGGGGCAUGACUGCUGCAACGACAAAUGUGUUGAGGUGAAGACUGAUCGAUUCAACUGCGGGACGUGCGGCCACAAAUGCAAGUACACUGAGAUUUGUUGCAAGGGCAAGUGCAUCAACGCAUAAUUGACAAGAUGCAUUGUGGUGGGUGCAACAAGAGGUGCAACAAGGGCGAGUGUGUUUAUGGGAUGUGCAAUUAUGCAUGAUUUAACUCUGCUGCUAUACUUAUACUCUGAUUACACUACAUUAUGACAAAUUAUACAUAAAUAAAAGAAAUACAAAUUAUGCAUAAAUUUAUUGUUCUUGUGAAAUGCUUGCCCAUGCUUCUGUAUCCUGUAUCCUUUUUACUGUUGGAGUUACCAUACCUAUUACGCGCGUGAGAGAGUGACCAUUAAGAGCCUAGGAGUGUUCAUCUUAACUACAUAUAUACCUAGACUAUUUUUGUUUCGAUAAACUCUUUAUCAUACCUUUGAACAUAUGAACAUAUCGUAUCUUUAAGCAACCCACGUUGCUAAAUCCAAAUUCAUGGGCUGAACUUCUAAGCAGUGAAACAAUGCUUGGAUGGCUGAUCAGCUUGAUGGGUAUCCACAGUUUCUCCAUGUCCCCUUCUUUCCCUACAAGCAUUGGUACAUAACCUUUUCGAACUCUCUCUCUCUCUCCUCCAUUGUUUCACUGCAGCUUGUCCUCCCAUAACCUUCCAGCUAGCCUCUCAUCUUAAUAAUAAUAACAAUAAUCUCCAAUUCCUCUCAGGUCUUGAGCUUAUUGUGUGUCUGUUUUUUUGGUCAUGAUUUGAUUGUGUUGUCUUGGAUAUACAUGUUACACAUAAGCAAGUGCCAUGUUAGCAAUUGCUCAUGUCAUAAGAUAACUUUGGAAUGUUGUAUAUGUAAACAUGAAAAUCCUGUGACAAAUGACAAGAGAACACGUGUACAAAAUAAUAUUUGUAUGAAUGUAAUUGUAGGGUUACAAUCUCUUUACAACUUGACCUCGGUUUCGAUCUCCGAAAUUUAAAGUGUGUAGUGUUGUUGAUCAAAGGGUCGCGAUGACUUGAUCUUGGAUGAACGGAUGCUGCAAGGUUUUGGUUCUUGUCAAAGGAGGAAUUGGCAUGUGUAGGCGUUUGAGUGCUUAAGAGCUUCAGAGUUUCAAAGCU